UAGCAACAAAUGUUGGAGUCUUGUCUUGUGGUGACCGAUUAUUAAUUGGUGGAAAUAUUUCCGAAACAGGAUGAAUGUUUGCAAUCAGAACGAAAGGGAAAAACUGAAUUUGGGGAAAAGGGCUGUUAAAAGUGUGGAAGAACAUAUGGGGUCUCUCAAGUCAAAGGAUGAGAUGCUAAAAAAGAAGGCUGAUAAAAUAAACACAAAAUCAGACAAAAUCGUAGACCCGAAAGAAGAUAGACCGAGGAUGAAGAGGACACAAUUCAGAAUGGAUAAAGAGGAGGAAAACAAAAGGAAAAGAAUACUGAAGAGACAGGUCGAGAUGUUGAAAGUAGAGGUUGAGAAGAGGUUAAUGUCGGAUUUGAAAACCAAGGAAAAAAGAAGACAGAAAUUCGAGAGAGAAGAAGUGAAAAGGGCAGGUAUAGAACAAGAGGUGGAGAAAUUAGAAACAAGAAAGAAAACAGACACAAAAAGCAAAGAGAGAGUGAGGAAAAUGUCAAAUUACAAAAAAGAACGAGCAGUGGAGGACAUGAAGGACAACAAAGAGAAAGAUGUUAACACACAGAUGGCAGUAGAGGAAGGGAAGGAUACUCCUGAGAAAGAUGUUAACUCACAGAUAGCAGUAGGGGAAGGGAAGGAUACUCCUGAGAAAGAUGUUAACACACAGAUGACAGUAGAGGAAGGGAAGGAUACUUCUGAGAAAGAUGUUAACACACAGAUGGCAGUAGAGGAAGGGAAGGAUACUCCUGAGAAAGAUGUUAACUCACAGAUAGCAGUAGGGGAAGGGAAGGAUACUCCUGAGAAAGAUGUUAACACACAGAUGACAGUAGAGGAAGGGAAGGGUACGUCUGACAAAGAUGUCAACACACAGACGGCAGUAGAGGAAUGGAAGGAUACUUCUGAGAAAGAUAUUAACACACAGAUGACAGUAGAGGAAGGGAAGGAUACUUGUGAGAAAGAUGUUAACACACAGAUGACAGUAGAGGAAGGGAAGGGUACGUCUGAGAAAGAUGUAAACACACAGAUGGCAGUAGAGGAAGGGAAGAAUACUUCUGAGAAAGAUGUAAACACACAGAUGACAGUAGAGGAAGGGAAGGAUAGUUCUGAGAAAGAUGUUAACUCACAGAUAGCAGUAGAGGAAGGGAAGGAUACUUCUGAAAAAGAUGUAAACACACAGAUGACAGUAGAGGAAGGGAAGGAUACUUCUGAGAAAGAUGUUAACACACAGAUGGCAGUAGAGGAAGGGAAGAAUACUUCUGAGAAAGAUGUAAACACACAGAUGACAGUAGAGGAAGGGAAGGAUACUUCUGAGAAAGAUGUUAAGACACAGAUAUCAGUAGGGGAAGGGAAGGAUACGUCUGAGAAAGAUGUUAACACAGAGAUGGCAGUAGAGGAAGGGAAGGAUACUCCUGAGAAAGAUGUUAAGACACAGAUAUCAGUAGGGGAAGGGAAGGAUACGUCUGAGAAAGAUGUUAACACAGAGAUGGCAGUAGAGGAAGGGAAGAAUACUUCUGAGAAAGAUGUCAACACACUGAUUGCAGUGGAGGAAGGGAAGGAUACAUUUGAAAACGAUGUAAACACGCAGAUGGCAGAAGGCAAAGGGAAGGAUACAUUUGAAAAAGAUGUAAACACGCAGAUGGCAGAAGAGGAAUGGAAGGAUACUUCUGUAAAAGAUGUUAACACACUGAUGGCAGUAGAGGAUGAAAAAGAUACUUCUGAGAAAGAUGUUUAUACGCAGAUGGCAGUAGAGGAAGGGAAGGAUUCUUCUGAGAAAGAUGUUAACACACAGAUUGCGGUAGAGAAAGGGAAGGAUACUCCUGAGAAAGUUGUUAACACACAGAUGGCAGUAGAGGAAGGGAAGGAUACUUCUGAGAAAAAUGUUAACACACAGAUGGCAGUGGAGGAAGGGAAGGAUACUUCUGAGAAAGAUGUUAACACACAGAUGGCAGAAGAGGAAUGGAAGGAUACUUCUGAGAAAGAUGUUUACACGCAGAUGGCAGUAGAGGUAGGGAGGGAUACUUCUGAGAAAGAUGUUAAUACACAGAUGGCAGUAGAGGAAGAAAAGGAUACUUCUGAGAAAGAUGUAAACACACAGAUGGCAGUGGAGGAAGGGAAGGAUACUUCUGAGAAAGAUGUUAAUACACAGAUGGCAGUAGAGGAAGGGAAGGAUACUUCUGAGAAAGAUGUUAACUCACAGAUAGCAGUAGUGGAAGGGAAGAAUACUUCAGAGAAAGAUGUCAACACACAGAUGGCAGUGGAGGAAGGGAAGGAUACUUCUAAGAAAGAUGUUAACACACAGAUGGUAGUGGAGGAAGGGAAGGAUACUUCUGAGAAAGAUGUUAACACACAGAUGGCAGAAGAGGAAGGAAAGGAUACUUCUGAAAAAGAUGUUUACACACAGAUCGCAGUAGGGGAAGGGAUUGAUAAAUCUGAGAUAGAUGUUAACACGCAGAUGGCAGUAAAGGAAGGGAAGAAUACUUCUGAGAAAGAUGUUAACACACAGAUGGCAGCAAAGGAAGGGAAGGAUACUCCUGAGAAAGAUGUUAACAUAUCAAUGGCAGUAGAGGAAGGGAAGGAUACUUCUGAGAAAGAUGUUAACACACAAAUGGCAGUAGAGGAAGGGAAGGAUACUACUUCUGAGAAAGAUGUUAAUACACAGAUGGUAGUGGAGGAAGGGAAGGAUACUUCUGAGAAAGAUGUUAAAACACAGAUGGCAGUAGAGGAAGGGAAGGAUACUUCUGAGAAAGAUGUUAACACGCAGAUGGCAGUAGAGGAAGAAAAGGAUACUUCUGAGAGAGAUGUUAACACACAGAUGGCAGUGGAGGAAGGGAAGGAUACUUCUGAGAAAGAUGUUAACACACAGAUGGCAGAAGAGGAAUGGAAGGAUACUUCUGAGAAAGAUGUUUACACGCAGAUGGCAGUAGAGGAAGGGAGGGAUACUUCUGAGAAAGAUGUUAAUACACAGAUGGCAGUAGAGGAAGAAAAGGAUACUUCUGAGAAAGAUGUAAACACACAGAUGGCAGUGGAGGAAGGGAAGGAUACUUCUGAGAAAGAUGUUAAUACACAGAUGGCAGUAGAGGAAGGGAAGGAUACUUCUGAGAAAGAUGUUAACUCACAGAAAGCAGUAGUGGAAGGGAAGGAUACUUCAGAGAAAGUUGUCAACACACAGAUGGCAGUGGAGGAAGGGAAGGAUACUUCUAAGAAAGAUGUUAACACACAGAUGGUAGUGGAGGAAGGGAAGGAUACUUCUGAGAAAGAUGUUAACACACAGAUGGCAGAAGAGGAAGGAAAGGAUACUUCUGAAAAAGAUGUUUACACACAGAUCGCAGUAGGGGAAGGGAAGGAUACAUCUGAGAUAGAUGUUAACACGCAGAUGGCAGUAAAGGAAGGGAAGAAUACUUCUGAGAAAGAUGUUAACACACAGAUGGCAGCAAAGGAAGGGAAGGAUACUCCUGAGAAAGAUGUUAACAUAUCAAUGGCAGUAGAGGAAGGGAAGGAUACUUCUGAGAAAGAUGUUAACACACAAAUGGCAGUAGAGGAAGGGAAGGAUACUAUUUCUGAGAAAGAUGUUAACACACAGAUGGUAGUGGAGGAAGGGAAGGAUACUUCUGAGAAAGAUGUUAACACACAGAUGGCAGUAGAGGAAGGGAAGGAUACUUCUGAGAAAGAUGUUAACACGCAGAUGGCAGUAGAGGAAGGGAAGGAUACUUCUGAAAAAGAUGUUAACACACAGAUGGCAGUAGAGGAAGGGAAGGAUACUUCUGAGAAAGAUGUUAACACGCAGAUGGUAGUAGAGGAAGGGAAGGAUACUUCUGAGAAAGAUGUUAACACGCAGAUGGCAGUAGAGGAAGAAAAGGAUACUUCUGAGAGAGAUGUUAACACACAGAUGGCAGUAAAGGAAGGGAAGGAUACUUCUGAGAAAGAUGUUAACACACAUAUGGCAGAAGAGGAAUGGAAGGAUACUUCUGAGAAAGAUGUUAAUACACAGAUGGCAGUUGAGGAAGAAAAGGAUACUUCUGAGAAAGAUGUAAACACACAGAUGGCAGUGGAGGAAGGGAAGGAUACUUCUGAGAAAGAUGUUAAUACACAGAUGGCAGUAGAGGAAGGGAAGGAUACUUCUGAGAAAGAUGUUAACUCACAGAUAGCCGUAGUGGAAGGGAAGGAUACUUCAGAGAAAGAUGUCAACACACAGAUGGCAGUGGAGGAAGGGAAGGAUACUUCUAAGAAAGAUGUUAACACACAGAUGGUAGUGGAGGAAGGGAAGGAUACUUCUGAGAAAGAUGUUAACACACAGAUGGCAGCAAAGGAAGGGAAGGAUACUCCUGAGAAAGAUGUUAACAUACAGAUGGCAGUAGAGAAAGGGAAGGAUACUUCUGAAAUAGAUGUUAACACACAUAUGGCAGUAGAGGAAGAGAAGGAUACUUCUGAGAAAGAUGCUAACACGCAGAUGGCAGUAGAGGAAGGGAAGGAUACUCAUACGAAAGAUGUUAACACACAGAUGUUAGUAAGGGAAGGGAAGGAUACGUGUGAGAAAGAUGUCAACACACAGAUGGCAGAAGAGGAAUGGAAUGAUACUUCUGAGAAAGAUGUUAACACACAGAUGGCAGUAGAGGAAGAAAAGGAUACUUCUGAGAAAGAUGUUAACUUACAGUUGGCAGUAGAGGAAGAAAAGGAUACUUCUGAGAAAGAUGUUAACACACAGAUGGCAGUAGAGGAAGGGAAGGAUACUUCUGAGAAAGAUGUUAAUACGCAGAUGGCAGUAGAGGAAGGGAAGGAUACUUCUGAGAAAGAUGUUUAUACGCAGAUGGCAGUAGAGGAAGGGAAGGAUAAAGAUGUUAACACACAGAUGGCAAUGGAGGAAGGGAGGGAUACUUCUGAGAAAGAUGUUGACACGCAGAUGACAGUGGAGGAAGGGAAGAAUACUUCUGAGAAAGAUGUUAACACACAGAUGGCAGUGGAGGAAGGGAAGGAUACUUCUGAGAAAGAUGUAAACACAGAGAUGGCAGUGGAGGAAGGGAAGAAUACUUCUGAGAAAGAUGUUAACACACAGAUGACAGUAGAGGAAGGGAAGGAUAAUUCUGAGAAAGAUAUCAACACGCAGAUGGCAGUAGAGGAAGGGAAGGAUACUUGUGAGAAAGAUGUAAACACACAGAUGACAGUAGAGGAAGGGAAGGAAACCCUAGGAAAAUAUAUUAACAUACAGAUGGAAGUGGAGAACGAAGCUUACCAGAAGAAUGUGCAAGAGAAAGAAAGAAUGAAUGGAAUAAGGGAAGAGACAAAUGUUGAUUUCGAUGAUGACAAUAUAAUCAAAGGCAAACGACCUGUCUGGUACAGAUUCCUGUGUGGAUCAUCCUGUUUAUCCAGGGGAUUUGUUUCUGGUCUGAUGGUUUUGUGGGGGAUUUUUAAUUUAGUCACGCUUCAGUUCACCACGGCCCCUUACGGCAGAUACACCCGUCCCGGGUGGGGAUGCCUCCUGCCUGCCAAGCUCGCCUGGUUCCUACAGGAGUUACCGUCCUUUGUUGUGCCGCUUAUAAUUCUCUCAAGGUGGCGUUAUGAUGAAUUAGUGAAUAUUCAUGGGAACACAUGAUUUUGUGGAUGCUUUCUGUUACACUACUUUCACAGGACUUUCAUUUUCCCGCUUAGGAUUGUGGGAGGUAAACCCAUUCCUUUGUUUCCUUUCAUGGCCGCCUUUUUCUUCUGUUCAGUAAAUGGUGCUCUACAGACGUACGGGAUACUCCUACCGAACAACCAGAUCCGCCACUGGUUCCAGGAAGCAAGAUUCUGUCUUGGUGUUACGUCUCUGGUGUUAACUUUUAUUUUUAUCCCUAAGAUUUCUAUUCGAGCAAGCGUCUAUGUUGCUAACCUCAUUUUUUCCCCAGGAUUCCUAUUCGAGUACGUCUCUGGUGCUAACUUCCUGGGAGAAAUCGUGGAGUGGAUCGGCUUUUCUGUGGCGUGUUGUAACCUCCCCUCUUUGGCCUUCGCUGUAUUUACUCUGUGUAAUAUCGGCCCUAGGGCUUUCCAUCAUCACAGAUUUUAUCGGGAGAAAUUUGAGGAUUAUCCAAAAGACAGAAAGGCUCUGAUUCCGUUUCUUCUUUAGGACGGGGUUUUAAACACUAAAUCACGGGGAUCAUGCAAUAAAUACAAUUACAUUUGUAUAUAUUUUCCAUGAAUUUCUAAAGUUAUG